AUGUACGCUUGUGGGUUGAUCGUUGUGAUAAUUUGGUAUUUUGAUAGUAGUUAUGCCGUUUCGCAGUCAAGUUUAGCGUGUGGAGCAUGCUCUUUAAUAAUAAACGAAUUGGAAGCGGGUAUAGCGAGUGUGGAUUCGGGUAAAAAAAUUCAAAUUGGUAGUUUUCGAGUCGACCCGAAGGGUGAUCAAAAUGGUCUGAAUGAGGUGUGUUAUCAUUAUUUCAUUCUCAUCACGGUAUUAUUUUAUCAUCUUCAAAUCAAUUCUUGA